AUGGCUUCAAUUUUGAUUUCUAAGUUUUUCAAGGUAGCAAGAAUUUCUGUGGUAUCAGGUGAGGGAGCAGAUGGUUGGACAGUGAAAUUUGUUAUUCUGGAUUCCAAGGAUUUUAAGAUGGAUAAAAUGUCUGCUGAAAACUGUGGGGUAGAGGUUGGUUGUGGUUCUGCUGGUGCAAAAGUGGUGGGGUUUGCAGUACCUGGGGUAUCAGGGUGCUGCUGCGCAGGUUCUGGGGAAUGGGUGUCGAGAAUUGGUGUUUCAUUUGGCGGCUCAGAUUGCGGCGAGAGGGGAGUCGGCGGAAUGAGAGGUGGUAUUUGGCUUGGGGGCGGGGGCGGUGACUGGGGUGGUGGUGAUUGUGGUAAUGGCGGCGUUUGUGGUGGUGGGGACUGA